AUGUCUGAGGUCCUGACGGUGGACGCCGUCCUCUUCGGUCUGCUGGUGUUCUCCGGGAUUAUAGGAAACAUUCUGGUCAUCAGUGUGGUGUUCCAGUGCGCUAAAGAAAGCUCCUCCCACCACCUGCCGCCGUCAGACACCAUCCUGGUGAACCUGUGCAUGGCCAACCUGCUGACGUCGGUCUUCCGGACGGUGCCCAUCUUCGUGUCGGACCUGGGUCUGAAGGUGUCGCUGUCGCCGGGCUGGUGUCGUCUCUUCAUGCUGCUGUGGGUGUGGUGGCGCGCGGUGGGCUGCUGGGUGACUCUGGCCCUCAGCGCCUUCCACUGCGUCACCCUGCGGAGGCAGCACGUCACCAUGGGUCCACGGGGACAUCAGCGCGAGCGCCGGCGCGUCUGGGGCGUCCUGGCCACCGUGUGGGUCGUCAACCUGCUGUUCUCUCUCCCAGCGCUGGUGUACACGACACACGUGCGCGGAAACACCACGGUGGAGCUGAUGGUGAUCAGCUGCACGACUCGCCCGCUGCUGGGCUGCGUUUGGGAGUUUCCCACCGAGCGGCAGGGCUACGCCUUCUCCUCCACGUCGCUGGCGCUCAACGAGGUCAUGCCGCUGAUUCUGAUGGUCGGGACUAAUCUGGUGACGCUGCACUCACUGGCCAAACACAUCCGGACGGUCACGGCGGGCGGCGGCGGCGCGGUGGAGCUGGACAGGCACGUGUCCAGCGAGAGGAAGGCGGGUCACGUGAUCAUGGCUCUGGUCGCGCUGUUCGUCGGUUGCUGGGUGCUGCAGGUCGCCGCGGUCACGUACUACAACCACAACGGCGGGAAGCACGCGGAGGGCCUGCUGACCGUCGCGCAUUUCUCUGCGUCGCUCUUUGUAGGGUUCAGUCCGUUAGUGGUGACGUUUGGACACGGGAAACUGCGCCGGAGAAUCAGCGCGAUGACGCAACACUGGACGCAGCGGAUCAAACGCCCGCGAGUGGACACCGCCUCCGCGCAGAAAGACACGUCCGGCGGGAAAACUGUUCAGAGCGGGAAAACUGUUCAGAGUGGGAAAACUGUUCAGAGCGGAACAACGUGA